AUGACCGGCAGUCCCUCUUCAAGGUCGCUUAAUGAGAGCUGCCCCACCCCCCUCACUUCUGUCACCACCCUCUGCCGCACUCCAUCCGACGAGUUCAGUGUUGGAGUUAAAAUGAAUGUUCAGUCCUUAAGGGUGUCUUUUGAGGCUGCAGGGAAUGAUUUCCUUGCCUGUGCCACCGCAAGCGAAGGCAACGCUGUGACCAACGCUGUUGGACUUCAAAAGCUUAUUGCCGCCAUGGGGGGUGAGUUGCGACGAUUUCGUCUUUGGUGCCGGCACACUUUCAUACUUGCCAUCUCAAGAAAACACCCAACGAAAGCUUCGUCUCCCCCCUCCUCCACCCCACCCCACCACUUUGAUUUGCACGGGCUCGCCGCGUCACUGAAUCUCGGCAGUUCUCAGCGUGGACUUAGCAAAGCCUGCUUCAAGGUUGUGCCGAAGGCAACUUGA